CCCUUUGUGCUCACCGGAUAAUGUGAAUGGCGAAAUAUGACAUGGCAGAGGUAGAUUUGGCACCGAACGGAGCGGAGCCUCCCGGCGAGGCCGCCACGUCUUUCCCUUACGAGGAGUACGAGUGCAAAAUCUGCUACAAUUAUUUCGACCUUGACCGUCGUGCGCCUAAGAUUUUGGAGUGCUUGCACACGUUUUGCGAGGAGUGUCUGAACACGCUCCAUCUACGCGAGGAGCGCCCCUGGCGCAUCAGCUGCCCCGUCUGCCGCCACCGGACGCCCGUGCCGGACUACCGGAUCCAGAACCUGCCCAACAACACCAAGGUGACGGAGGACUUCCCGCUCUACAUCGACUCAGACCCUCUGCCUCAGGACGCCCUGCCGCCGUACCCGCCCCCGCUGCACCCGGCUCUCAUCGCCCUCCGACGGGAGGAGGCUUCGGGGGCGUCCACCACCAGUCAGGCGACCCCCUCCACCACCGUGUCCACGGCCACGACCCUGUCCCAGGACUCCGUGCGCUACGACAGCUGCCAGAGCUGCAAGCGGGUCGCGCUGACCACCGGCUGCGUGUGCGUAAUCUUCUCGUUUCUGUCCAUGCUGGUGCUGCUGUUCAUGGGCCUGAUCUUCGUGCACAGCCACAGCAGUCCUCCCUCGCCGGCGGGACCCAUCUGCCUGUCGGUAGCCAGCAUCCUCGCAAUGUUUUCGGUGGUCGUCACGUGGUUGAUUUGCUGGCUCAAAUACAGACCGGACCACGAAGCGGGCCACUCGUCCGCCACCAAUAACUCUCGGAGAAACGCCUGAUGACACUUAACGGGGGAGGAUUAUUGUUGUUGUGUGU